ACUUGAAUUUGUACUGAACUACACUGAUGAGUUGAUCGCACUUGAAGGGAUAAACAUCAAUCACUCUUUCUCUCACUAACUUAACUCAUAACAAUGGCACCGUCUUUCGCAAUCAACGAUGGCGUCAACGGCGGCAGGAUCACUCCUCCUUCCACCACCGGCCGAUUCGCCUCCGUCUAUAGCGAAGUCCAAAACAGCCGGAUCGACCACAACCUCCCUCUCCCCUCCGUCCUCAAAAACCCUUUUAAGAUAGUCGACGGUGCCCAAAGCUCCGCCGCAGGAAACCCUGAUGAGAUCGCGAAGCUGUUUCCGCAUCUGUUUGGGCAACCGUCGGCGACGUUGGUUCCCGGAGGUUCAGACACAGUGCAGUCGCACCAGAAGCUAAAAAUUGGUGUGGUUUUGUCCGGUGGUCAGGCUCCCGGAGGACACAAUGUUAUUUCUGGAAUUUUUGAUUACCUGCAAGAACGAGCAAAAGGAAGCACAUUGUAUGGUUUCAGGGGUGGUCCAGCUGGCAUCAUGAAGUGCAAAUACGUUGAACUCACCUCAGAUUAUAUCUAUCCUUAUAGGAAUCAGGGUGGCUUUGACAUGAUACGCAGUGGGAGGGACAAGAUUGAAACCCCAGAGCAGUUUAAACAAGCGGAAGAAACAGUGCAGAAGCUAGACUUGGAUGGGCUUGUUGUGAUUGGUGGAGAUGACUCAAACACAAAUGCAUGCCUCCUUGCCGAGUAUUUCAGGAACAAAAAUAUGAAAACUCUCGUGAUCGGAUGCCCUAAAACUAUUGAUGGUGAUUUGAAAUGCAAGGAAGUGCCGACAAGUUUUGGGUUUGAUACCGCAUGCAAGAUAUACUCAGAAAUGAUUGGAAAUGUUAUGAUAGAUGCCCGAUCAACUGGAAAGUAUUACCAUUUUGUGCGGCUUAUGGGACGUGCUGCAUCCCACAUCACAUUGGAAUGUGCUUUACAAACUCAUCCAAACAUUACUAUUAUUGGUGAAGAGGUUGCUGCCAAGAAGAUGACACUGAAGAAUGUUACUGACUACAUUGUAGAUAUCAUUUGUAAAAGAGCUGAGAAUAAUUAUAACUAUGGGGUCAUUCUUAUUCCUGAAGGUCUAAUUGAUUUCAUUCCAGAAGUCCAGCACCUUAUUGCAGAACUGAAUGAGAUUCUUGCCCAUGAUAUUGUGGACAAGGACGGGUUAUGGAAGAAGAAACUCACUGAUCAAUCGUUAAAGCUUUUUGAGUUCUUACCUCCAGCAAUUCAAGAACAGUUACUGCUUGAAAGAGAUCCACAUGGAAAUGUUCAGGUUGCAAAGAUAGAAACAGAGAAAAUGCUCAUCCAAAUGGUUGAAACCGAGUUGGAGAAGAGAAAGCAAGAAGGCACAUAUAAACAUAUAUUCAAGGGGCAGUCUCACUUUUUCGGCUAUGAAGGGAGAUGUGGUUUGCCAACUAACUUUGAUUCUACUUACUGCUAUGCAUUGGGUUAUGGUGCUGGAGCCCUCCUUCAAAGUGGCAAGACUGGAUUAAUAUCAUCAGUUGCGAAUUUGUGUGCCCCAGUAGAGGAAUGGACUGUUGGUGGAACUGCUCUCACUGCACUUAUGGAUGUGGAAAGGAGACAUGGUAAGUUCAAGCCUGUGAUCAAGAAGGCAAUGGUGGAGCUUGAAGGGGCGCCCUUCAAAAAGUUUGCCUUGUGGCGCGAUGAGUGGGCCCUGAAGAAUUGCUACAUCAGUCCAGGUCCUGUUCAAUUCACUGGCCCCGGAUCUGAUGCCAUCAGUCGCACUCUACUCUUGGAGCUUGGUGCACAAGCUUAGGCAUACCACAAUGCUUCUGUCUUGAUGAUGGUAGCUCUCGAUGUGUUUUUUUUGUGACUGUACUACAAA